GGGAGCGAGGAGGGCGGGAUUCGGUCAAGUAAGCGUCGUCGCCCGGUUGAAACGUUUCUUUCCACGUUAUAACCGGCUAAUAAUUAUUAACUAGUUAUCGGUGAUUUCGGUGAAACGCGCGGGUCGUGUUUCUGACUUUUAAUUGGGUGACGUCGACUAAUGGAUUGUGCCUGAGGCGAUUCGGAGAGCGGCGUGAUGAGUCACCGCACCCUCCAUCUCUUCCGUAAGGGCCUGCGGCUGCACGAUAACCCCACCCUGCUGGGGGCGCUGGAGAGCUCGGCCGCGCUCUUCCCCGUCUACGUCCUGGACCGCUCGCUCCUGCAGGGGGCGCUGCGCUUGGGCCCGCUGCGCUGGCGCUUCCUCCUGCAGAGCCUGGAGGAUCUGGACGCUAGUCUGCGGGCGCUAGGCUCGCGGCUCUACGUCGUGCGCGGGGCGACGGCGGCGGUGCUGAGCGACCUCGUGACCCGCUGGGGCCUGACGCAGAUCAGCUACGACACCGAGGUGGAGCCGUAUUACGCCCGCAUGGAGCAGGAAAUACACGAGCUAGCGGAGGAGCGCGGACUCCAGACGUACACGCAUGUGUCGCACACACUCUACGACGUCAGGAGGAUCGUGAAGGCCAACGGCGGCUCUCCUCCGCUCACCUACAAGAACUUCCUGCAUGUUUUGUCUGUUUUGGGUGAACCGGAGAAACCGGUGCGGGACGUCGGCGCAGAGGACUUCCUGAGAUGCUGGACCCCCGUGGAGCCGGAUCACCAGCAGGCGUAUGGAGUCCCGUCUCCGGCUGACCUGGGUCUGGACGUCCCGUCUGAGGUGUCGUGGCCCGGCGGAGAGACACACGCUCUCCAGAGACUCCACAAACACUUCCAGAGUCAGGGAUGGCUGGAGAACUUCUCCAAAGCGCGGACGCUCCCGAGCUCUCUGCUGCCGAGCACCACGGGCCUGAGUCCCUACCUGAGUCUGGGCUGUCUGUCGGCCCGCACCUUCUACCACCGGCUCAGCGGCGUCUCCGCUCAGCCGAAGAACCACUCGUUGCCGCCCGUGUCUCUGCAGGGUCAGGUUCUGUGGCGUGAGUUCUUCUACACCGUCGCGUCCUCCACGCCCAACUUUACUAAAAUGCGAGGGAACCCCAUCUGUCUGCAGAUCGACUGGUACCAGGAUCCAGAGGCUCUGGAGAAAUGGAGAACCGCUCAGACGGGCUUCCCCUGGAUCGACGCCAUCAUGACCCAGCUGAGGCAGGAGGGCUGGAUCCAUCACCUGGCGCGGCACGCCGUGGCCUGCUUCCUGACCCGAGGAGAUCUGUGGAUCAGCUGGGAGGAGGGCAUGAAGGUGUUCGAGGAGUUCCUGCUGGACGCGGACUAUAGCGUGAACGCUGGGAACUGGAUGUGGUUAUCUGCUAGCGCGUUCUUCCACAAAUACACCAGGAUCUUCUGCCCCGUGCGCUUCGGCCGCCGGACCGACCCUCAAGGACAGUAUCUGAGGAAGUACCUGCCCGUUCUGAAGAACUUCCCUUCGCAGUAUAUUUAUGAGCCGUGGAAAGCUCCAGAAGACGUCCAGCUCCGCGCCGGCUGCAUCAUCGGCAAGGACUAUCCUCGUCCCAUGGUGUGCCACACAGAGGCCAGUCAGAGGAACCUGGGUUUGAUGCGUCAGGUGCGCACCGAACAGCAGAACACGGCCGAACUCACGCGAGGUAAAGCGUACGACGUCGAUAUUCUCUCUAUGUCACCUUCAAAGGGUCAUAAAUGGUUUGAUCUGCUCAAAGAUUUGGCGGAUGAUCCGAUGGAGGUGGGGCUUAAACGUGAGCUGCAGGAGGAGGAGGAGCUUCUGGAGGGGGCGGGGCAACACAACAUGUCAAAACGUUUCAGCGGGGAUGCGGAUCAUAAGCCCCGCCCCUGCAGCUGGACGCCGGAGACUCUACAGCUGAGCGAAGAGGUCAUGUGACUAGAACGGCCCAAUCAGACCACACUACUGCGAACAGAAACAUGUCGCAGCGAACAGAAAAGACGUUAUUUGAACUCUGUUGAUCAGUUUGUUUGGUCUGAACACUGUGACCCUCGUUUCACGUUUUUGUUCAUGAGAGAUUUAUCUACACUGAACAGCUGAACGGAAAGAGUGAAUUAUAAUAACAUUUAAUUUUAUGCAGCAGUCUUCCUAAUGCAAAUGUGUUUUUGUCCAUCGUUAAAUACAUGUUUGUUAUGCAAAACAUCAAAUAAACCAUCUGCAAAUGUGCUCUGGCAUGUAAAUAAAUAUAUAGAAAUAUUCAUAA